CUCAGUUUCGGGUCGAGGUCGCUGGAGACGGAGGACAUUCCGGAGAUGGUGUUGGAAAGAGAGGCGUUCUCCAUAUCUGGAGGUUGUGGUCUUGGAACCGGAAUCUAGUGGUAGACGUUGAAAAAGAUUCCACGGGAAUUCUUUACCGUGAAACAAACGCGAUUAAAUUUCAAAUUGUGUGAAAAAAUAAAACCUGACUUAAAGAUGCGUAGAAGUGUGCCGUUUGGAGCUAUGUGACGUCGUUUUGUGUCAUUGCCGUCGAGAGAUAGAAAAGAGCCAGCUUCGGUUUUUUCGCUGCUUUGAAGUUCCUAUUUUCUGUUUUUGCUUCUUGUUUUUUGGCGCCACGGAAUGUUGUUAGUUAAACCUUAAACGGCGCCGCCGUAGCUAAAGUCCAAUUCAGGUCGGGUUCGACUAAUUAUACAGCAUGUUUAGUUUAAUGAACCCGAUUUAUCCCAGGAUGCAAUCCAACCCGGCCCAAUCCCUAUUAAACUCUCAUCUAAAACGCAAAAAUAGUACGUCGUUUGGAACAAAACAGAAACUACUUGACAGAGGGGCAGAACGGGAAAAAAAGAAAAGAGCAAAGUAAAAGGACCAAAAAUUCCAACUUCCUCGAGGGAAAGUCAGUCGUCAAACUUUUUUAUAUGGCUGCUGGGUCUGCGAAACAAGAGACAGAGAGAGAUAGAGAAAAAUCAUGGGCGGAGAAGAACCAGAACACCGUCGUUUAGCGAUCACUCUGGUGGCGGUUCUUCUCCUGGGAAUUUUAGAACUCAGCGAAGGAGAGUUCAAAGGAGACUAUUCAAAGAUAUCGGGGAUAAUAAUCCCAGGAUUCGCUUCAACUCAGUUAAGAGCAUGGUCCAUUCUCGACUGCCCUUACUCUCCCCUUGAUUUCAAUCCCCUCGACUUGGUUUGGCUCGAUUCUACUAAACUCCUCUCAGCUGUAAAUUGUUGGCUUAAGUGUAUGUUACUUGAUCCUAACAACCAAACAGAUCACCCAGAAUGCAAGUCACGGCCUGAUAGUGGUCUUUCUGCUAUUACAGAACUUGAUCCCGGUUACAUUACAGGCCCUCUUUCUUCGGUGUGGAAAGAAUGGGUUAAGUGGUGCAUUGAAUUUGGUAUUGAGGCUAAUGCAAUCAUAGCUGCUCCAUAUGAUUGGAGAUUGCCACCAUCAUUGCUUGAGGAGCGAGACCUUUAUUUUCACAAGUUAAAACUGACAUUUGAAACUGCUCUUAAACUUCGUGGGGGGCCAUCGGUUGUGUUUGCCCAUUCAUUGGGUAAUCAUGUCUUCCGUUACUUUUUAGAGUGGUUAAAGCUGGAAAUUGCACCAAAACAGUACAUCCAAUGGUUGGAUGAGCAUAUUUAUGCCUAUUUUGCUGUGGGAGCUCCACUUCUUGGUGCAAUUGGGACGGUCAAAGCAACACUUUCUGGAGAAACAUUUGGCCUUCCUGUUUCUGAGGGAACAGCUCGAUUGAUGUUCAAUUCAUUUGGUUCUUCAUUAUGGAUGAUGCCAUUUUCAAAGUAUUGUAGGGCAGAUGGCAUGUAUUUGAAGCAUUUUUCGGGGAGUAUCAGUAAGGGUCAUCAUACCUAUCAAUGUGAGCCAGAGGAAUUUCAGUCAAACAACUCUGGAUGGCCAACAAAUAUAAUCAACAUUGAGAUUCCUUCAAUCCGUGGUUUUGAUGCCUAUCCAUCAGUUUCAGAAUUUUCGCAGACCAACUUGUCUAGCAUGGAAUGUGGACUCCCAACACAGUUGUCAUUUUCAGCUCGUGAAAUAUCAGAUGGGACCUUUUUCAAAGCUAUAGAGGAUUAUGAUUCAGAUAGCAAGAGGAUCUUGCAGCGACUAAAAAAGUCAUAUCAUGAUGACCCUGUUCUUAAUCCUCUUACACCAUGGGAUAGACCACCUAUUAAGAAUGUUUUCUGUAUCUAUGGAAUAGAUUCAAAGACUGAGGUUGGUUAUUAUUUUGCACCAAGUGGCAAACCUUACCCUGAUAAUUGGAUAAUUACAGAUGUCAUCUAUGAAGUUGAAGGAUCACUUGUCUCGCGGUCAGGGAAUCAGGUUGAAGGGAAUCCAGGAGCUGCAAGUGGAGAUGAGACAGUACCAUAUCAUUCCCUAUCUUGGUGCAAGAACUGGCUUGGGUCCAGAGUGAACGUAACAAGAGCUCCACAGUCAGAGCAUGAUGGGUCUGAUGUACAGGUGGAGUUGAAUGUUGAGCAUCAUUAUGAACAAGAUAUAGUUCCCAAUAUGACAAGGUCACCUAGAGUCAAAUACAUAACCUAUUAUGAAGACUCUGAAAGCAUUCCUGGAAAGAGGACAGCAGUUUGGGAGCUUGAUAAAGCAAAUCACAGGAACAUAGUUAGAUCUCCGGUUCUAAUGCGAGAGUUAUGGCUCCAGAUUUGGCAUGAUAUUCGUGUUGAUGCAACGUCCAAUUUUGUUACAAAAGCUAAGCGUGGGCCCUUGAGGGAUGAGGACUGCUACUGGGAUUAUGGAAAAGCUCGUUGUGCGUGGCCUGAAUAUUGUGAAUACAGGUAUGUCUUCGGUGAUGUUCAUUUGGGACAGAGCUGUAGGUUAAAGAAUUCUUUGGCUGAUACACUCCUGCAUUAUGUAUAGAUUAGAAGGUGUUGACCCAUAAGCUUUCCCUACUUGAGAUAUUCUUGUCAAAAGGUAACUGUAGCAGGCAUUAUAUGCAGAUCAGACAAUGAGCUCUGUCUCGUGCAAGUUUAGUUUCUUUUGUAUAUCAUGUGCUAUUCUUCCCCCUUCUUCGAAUUACAGGGCAACAUCGAUACCAGUCCACAUAGUUAUCUGGCAGUUGAUACAAACCUAUUCCUAGUCAAUUCUUUACUGGGGGCAUCUCAUGUUAUACUCCUUAAUCCUGACAGCUGAAACCUGUGGAUCAUAAACAUACUAUUGUUUUUUCCAGUUUACUAACGCAGUCUAGAUUUAGAUUCUAAUGGGAGAGAAGAAUAAUUAUCGAGAGGAGAUGAUCUCACUCUUUAGUUGAGAUUCAUCCACCUGUUGUAGAUUUCUUCAUGGAGUGAUAAAUCAAACAUGAAUAAUGAUGUAUUUGAAAUACAUUGUGUAAAGGAUGCUGGCUUCAUAUUAUACAUCAACCCCUUUCCAAAGGAAAGGUGCUUUUGGUA